AUGCCGCGGCCUCGUACCACCGGGACGGGAAGGAAGAAGAAAACGUAUAACCGUAUUGCGGUCGACUACAGCCAUAAGCUUCAAAUUCUCGAGCGGCUUGAGGACGGAGACACAGUAGGCGAGGUUAUCAGCGCGUUCUACCCCAACAUCAACAAAGCAGAAAAAAAGAAAAAAAAAACAGAAGCAGAUAUCGAAAUGGAAAAGCAAGCUAACUUUAUUAAGUCUGUGUGUGAAGAAGGCAAAGGGCGCUUAGAGAACUACCGUAGGCGCGGUGAUGCGACAGUUCUCCCAGCUCAGGCGGAGAGCAACAUCGUACUUUGGCUUAACACGAUGAGGAAGGAAGGCUGCCCGGUAUCAGCUAAAAUGCUGGAGCUCAAGACCCUUGAAGUUGCCGCAGACACUGGUAUUUCUAGCGAAAGCUUCAGCGUUUCGUAUUCAUGGAGGCGACGCUUUAUGCGUAGGCACAAGCUUUUUGUACGUGCGCGGACGCGACAGGGUCAAACCACUCCUGAGGAUGCUGUAGUAGCGAGGACCAAAUUUCGUGGAGAAGUUCGGGCGGCUAUCGUUGAGCACAACAUCAUACAGGUCUUUAACGCGGACCAGACAGCUGUGUUCUUUGAAUACCUACCUCGCAAGACUAUCACCACGCGAGAUUGGCACGGCAACAAGCGGGCUCCCUUCCUGGUGCUCAAGGCCGGUGUUUCCCGUCAUCGACAUGUACAAGAAGAAAACGAUUCUAAACGGCAUGGCUUUGGCGUCCGCUUGUGA